AUCCAAGUGAGCUAAUAACAAGAUGAAUUGUGAUAUUAAUAAGGAGAAGGCUAUAUGAGAUCAUAGAUGGGUUCAUUCAAUUUAGUACCAUAAAAUUGUUUCGUCAAUGUGACAAUAGAGACACACAAUCUAUAUCUAUCUAAUAUGGCUCCAAACCAUAAUUAGCCACCAUUGUCAUUAUAUUUCUAAAAUAGUAUUGCAAAUAUUUUGGAAAGAAAGUCUCUUUGUAGUAUAUGCUUUCCCUAUGAGUAAAACAAAUAGUGGCCAACGUUCCUUAUUUUUCUAACACAUGGUCCACGAGCCAUAGUAGUCUAUUUAUGUAAAAUUAGGGUCAAUUUAAGGUAUUAACCCUAUUUGUGUAAAGUUCGGGCUAAGAAAAAUACUUUAACGUAAACUAAGGUCAACCUAUCUCAAUUACUAAUUUUAUUUAUGCUUAAUUUUCUUCAUUUUUCAACCUCCUUGUCAACUUUAUGUGGUUCACUAUCGGGAUCCACCCUGAUAAAUAACUUGAAUUUAAUAAAAAAUUGAUUUUUUUUUGCCAAAAGAUCACUCGCAUUACUGAGAAAACAGCCAGAUACAAAAUAGUCACAUAGCUGAAAACAACCAAGAAACAAAAUUGAACCCCACCAAAGAAGGGGACAACGAAAGGGCUUUUCUUGCCACCAAAUGGGCAACCCUAUUAGACUCCCGACCCACAAAAAUAACCCGAAACUCCUAGAACAAGUCACACAUACUUCGAAUCUCCUCCAACAGCAUCCCUCCAUGGACAUCAUCUUUUGUUAGAUAGUUUGAAUUUUUAGUUAGAACUUUUUGGUGAAUAUAUUAUAUGGAUUUGAAUAUGUUUAUGGUUAGUGAUAAUUUUACUACUAAAUUAAAAUUAGUGUAUUAUAUGUAUUUUUUUAUUUUAGGGUUAACACUAAUUAUUAGCCAAACUUUUUCCACAUUCUUAUUUAUUAGCCAAACCUAAUAGGUUUGACUAAUAAAAAAGAAUGCGAGAAAUGUUUGACUAAUAAUUAGUGUUUAUCCUUUGUUUUAUAUCGCAUGAAUAGAUCUAUCAUCUACUGACCCAUCCACGAUUCUAUAACAAAUAAUAAUUGAACCAUCAUCUUAGAGUAUCCACAUUGAUAUUUCAUUCUCAAUUGCAAAAUGACAUGACAUAAGUGUUUUACUUAAUUUUCUAUAAUUUAAACAUAAUAUUUAAAUAUAUUUGCAAUUGCAAAUUAAUUACAUUGAUGUAAGUAAAUUAAAUGAAUGUGAUGUGUACCACAUACAAUUUGAGUUGACAAUAAAAAUCACAAAUACAAAUUAUUUUACAAUUGCAUUGAUGAAAAUGCUUUUAGCAACUCAUCCGUUCUGAAAAUAUUGGUUUGACCACCUUGAUUUUUGACCUCCUCAAUUUCUUUUUUGUAAUAUUCUCGGCUGAAUCUACACAAACAUAUAAGGCAAUGUCAAUAAACAAGUAUUGCCACAUCAGCCGGUGGUGUUUAAACCGCAUAAGUCGGAGGGACUAAUUAGUCUUCUCCUCUCCCUGCCUUCUCGCUAAAACCGUCCGCAUCGGUUACUUUUUUUCUUAACAUCUUACAAUCCCACGAAUUAAUUUUCUCCAUUUCUACAAGGCCACGAUCACUAUUCCAUAUCUUAUACUAAAAACAAAUCACUAUUUUUGUGGAAUUUCAAUCUUUCUUUUGAAGCCACCUGGACACUAAAUUUAUUAUUUCCCUUUUGUUGUAGGUUUCCUCCUUUAAAUUUAUUUUGCUCUUAUGAUCACUAAUAUUUUCAUAAUAUGAAAGUGGUAUGAUCACUAAUAUUUUUGCUCAAAAUGUAGCAAAAUGAAUAUCAUUGUGUCUAUCAUAAUUAAUGCAUUCUUUAUAUGUAAAUUUUUUUUAAAAAAUUUCGAGUUAAAACAAAAGAAAUAUGACUCAAUCAUAAAAAAUGGAAGAUUAGAAAAAUUUGCAUUUGAUUGGUAAAAAAUCUCUCCCAUGUUUUCUAAAUUCGCGUUAGUCAAAGAAAAGCAAGUUGACAGUGGGGCACGAAACUAACAGUCCAUCCAUCUUAUUUUCAUGAGUUGUGGGCCGUUAUAUGGUAUUUUAAUAGGUGUUUACAUAUUAAAGUUCUAUAGGUAUUGUAGAAUGGAGUUUCAUAUAAUAUUCUUAUCCUUUCCAAUAACAAUUGAUUUUUCAACAAGUUUAUAGAAAUUGGGUUUUCGAUAGAGCAAUAAAUAUUUGGAUUUUAAAAAUAACAUUAAGUUCUUUUACAUAAAAAUAAUAAUAAGAAGAAAUUCGUUAAAGAGAGAAAGAGAGAGAGAGACAAAAAUAAACUAUUGAUUAAGGGGCGUAUAUUAUGGGCACACAAAUAAUUAAUUCAUCAAUGGAUUUGGAAGUCGAAGCUAAUUAUUUUUACUUAACUAUAGAAACUAACUAACAAGAAUAUCCUUUUAACUUUACCCUAUAUGAAAUUGUUUAUUUCCUCAUUAACCUCAUCUAUUAAGUAAAAUCAUAUUAUUUUUAUAUUCAAAGUCCCACUUAGUUUAAUACAAGGUAUCUUAUAAUUUAAAGAUGGAGUUUAAAAUUUUUAUUAAUUUAAUAUGUAGUUUUGUCUCUUGAUAUUUUCACUAAAUUUUCCAAUUAUAACAAUUUUCAAAAAUUUUAAUAUUUUUUCUAACAAAAACUAAGAGAUUUAGACACUCAUUCACGGUUUAGAAUUUUUAUAAAAUAAAAUAUUAAUUCACAAAAAAACUACCCGACCAAUCGGCCGGGCCACAAUCUAGUUCGUAGUAGACCCGAUCUACUCCAAAGUCCAAUCAUAGCACCCCUCGGGGUUCUCUCUCCAUUUUUCCCUCUCUUUCUUCCUUCCUCUUUGCUCCCUGGUUCCCCAAAUUCUAGGGUUCAGGCGCAUCAGUUUCGAAGAGGUUUCUCCGCACAAAUCAACCGGCGAGGCUUCGUUACUCGCCAACAGAAUCCGGCUACCUGUUACACUCCAUCCAUUUACCCCAACCGUUCUAUCCAGAACCCCGGUCUGAUCUUCCUGCGUCCGGCGUCGAAUCCAUCAUCGUCACUGGCCGCCAAUCACCACCAGUCUCCGCUAUAUCCACCGAGACCCUACCAGCUCCGACCGCCAAUCAUCCACUCCGACCAGUAUCAGAGCAGGGUCAUUGCUGUAGAAUAAAAGGGAAGAGGUUUAGGACUAUCUUGAGAAGGUUUGUUGACUCGGCUCUCUUUCUCAUCACCUUACCUCUCAACCUUAGGAUAGUAUUCCUAGACGUUCCGGGCUUAUAGAUUAGGGUUUAAAGUUGGUUGUUAACCGGAGAGAGAAGGAAGAGAAGAGCGGAGCAAUGAAUCCCUUGACGCUUGUGAAACGUAUCCAGAGCAUCAACUCUAAGGAAGCUGCUUUAGGGAUUUCAGAGGAAGCUUCGUGGCACGCAAAGUACAAAGAUUCAGCUUACGUCUUCGUCGGUGGGAUUCCUUUUGAUCUCACCGAAGGCGAUCUCCUUGCUGUGUUUGCUCAGUAUGGAGAGGUCGUGGAUGUUAACCUAGUUAGAGACAAGGGUACUGGCAAAUCAAAAGGUUUUGCGUUUAUUGCAUAUGAGGAUCAAAGAAGUACUAAUCUUGCCGUAGACAAUCUCAAUGGGGCACAGGUCCUUGGUCGCGUGAUAAGGGUUGAUCAUGUUACUAGCUACAAGAAGAGAGAAGAGGAAGACGAGGAGACAGCACAGAAAAAUAGAGAGGCUCGAGGUGUUUGCCGUGCGUUUCAGAAAGGGGAAUGUACACGUGGAGCUGGUUGCAAAUUUUCACAUGAUGAACAGAGAGCUGCAAACACAGGUUGGGGUGCUCAAGAUAGAAGUCCAAGGUGGGGACAGGAUAAGUUUGAUGGUCCACAGAAGGGUGAAGAGGAAGAUGAAGAGACAGAGCGAAAAAAGAGGGCGGCUCGAGGUGUUUGUUAUGCCUUUCAGAAAGGGGAAUGUACUCGUGGAGCUCGUUGCAAAUUUUCACAUGAUGAUCAGAGAGCUGCCAACAUGGAUCGGGGUGCUGAAGAUAAAAGUCCAAAAAGGGGCUAUGAUAAAUUUGAUGGUCCAAAGAGGCGUGAAAAAGUUGUCGAUGAGAGAUCCAGUGGAAGAAACUCUAGACAGAGUGACCUGAGAGAAGAGGGAAGGAGAUCAAGGAAUUAUGAUGAUUAUGGAAGUGGGCCGCAGUCCGGAGAAGACCAGAGGACGGUAAGGCCAAGGGAUAGUCUGUAUGAGAAAAGGUCAGGAGAGGAUGUUCAUAGGAGAGAUGAAAAGAGAUCGAAAAGGCAUGAGGAUGACGAGAAGAGCACAAGAAGGCAUGAAAGCGAUGACUUCAAGACCAAAUCAAGGAGCAUGAAGACACAGGAAGGCGGUUAUGGAGGGGAAGAGAAGAGUUUCAGGAGACAGAACAGUGAUGAACUUGGAUCGAGGUCAAUGAAAGAUGACAACAGGAUACACGAGAAAACUUUGAGAGGGAAUGAGUCCAAGUACUAUGCUAGGGAUGAUAGAGACAAAAAGAGAGAAGAGAAACGGUCUGCUCGUGGAAUGGAUUCUUCAUCUGAUCGUGAUAAAAGAGAUGAUCACAGGAAUAGAUAGAAUGUACUGGGUCUUUCCGAUACACAGUUUUGCAGCAUGCGUUCUGAUGGCGUGGUUUGAAGGGAUUGGUCUCUAUCUCAGUUUGGAGUUGUUCUACCUUCUCCUAGAUUCGUGAUCCAGUCUAUAAGUUGCAGCUUAGAGAAGCAGGAUGCAUGAUGACAUACCUAACAGCAUCUAUUUCUUAGGGCCAAUGUAGCUCAUGAACCGCUUGGUCAUUUUGACUACAUUUCCAUCUUCAUGUUGGUGUUCCAUGUUGACAGCAUGUAUUUCUUAGUGCCAAUGCAGCCUUUGUUAUGCCGUCAACAUUCAUAUGUCAGGUUCUCCUUUUCUGAAGGGAAAAUCAUAUAUGACGGCAAUUCAAGUCGAGACUGGGCAAUUUUUUUUUUCUUUCACAGGCUCAUAGCAUUUGUGGGUUAAUAGCUUCUCCUGGUUGCUUCAAAUACUCUUUGCUAAAUCCAUUUUUCCGACACCCGUAUCAGAAUGCAUCGUUGCUAAUCUGAUGUUUCAUAUUCAAACAGAUAUAUGAUGAGCACUUCUACUAUGCUAUAUAGUAUUGGUGCUUUAAUGUACAACUUAAAGUUGUACCAUAACAUUAAAUGUAUAAGUUUAGGUUGUACCCUAAAGCAAUUUGUACCAUUAUGUUAUGGUACAACUUUACAACUUAAAGUUGUACCAUCACAUAAAGAUACAAGUUCAAGUUGUACCAUAAAAGAAUUUGUACAAAAAGUAUAGGUACAACUUCAGAUUGUACCAUAACGUAAAUGUACAAUUUUAAGUUGUACCAUAAAGACAAAAUCCUAUAGCACCAAUACUAUAUAGCAUUGUAAAAUUUCUCGAUAUAUGAUUAUGAUAUAUCAGCGAAGUAAAAAAGGUUCAGCGAAGUAAAAAAGGUUGAACUACAUGUACGUUUCUGUAAGAUAAAAGAAAACGAACAUGGUGUAGCUCAUGUGGAGAAGGGAAGGUACUUUUUGUUGAGGAUGAUACUUUGGUCAAUGCUUCCAUGGCUCAAGAAAAGACGUAACCGGGGGAUACUUCGUACACUGAAGAAAAGAACAUGAAUAAAAGGCUAAACUUACUGAUUUUCGAAAAGAGGGGAUAGCAAACAAAUACAUGUACAGCUAGUGGUGAAAGCUUGAUCCGGAACACCCACUGACCCGUCCCUAUGGGUCGGAAUGGGUCAAUUUGUCUAUAGGGUCAGAUUAUGGAUGGGUCAGGACAAUUUAGGGACGAGUCACUUUUUGACCUAUGACAUUUAGCAACAACAAAUAUCUCACACCACAUUGAAUCUUUUUGUAAGGUUUUAAAAGUUUAUGUACUAACUUGUAUAAAUUUUUUUGGGUACCAAACAUAAUUUUACCAUCAAAAUUUAUGGACUUAUUUGUAAAAUAAAUAAAUUUUAGGUACUAAAUUGUAAGAAAAAUUAUUUUGGGUACCAAAAUGCAAUUUGUAAAAAAGGGUCGACCCACUGACCCAUCCUGUUCCGACCCGGGUCAGAUUAGGGAUGACAACAAAACUCGAACCCACGGGAACCCACUCGACCCAACCCGGUCAAUGCGGGUAAAAUCCGUGUUGUCGAGUUUUGGGUCGGGUUUGGGUUUAAACCCGUUUACUAUUCAUCGGGUUGGUUUGAGUUUAGGUAAACCCGAUUCAUGGGUACCCGCCCACACUCAUAUUAAUUUUCUCGACACAUUUAAUAUUCUAAACAACUAAGUUUAUUUAUGUUUGUGGAGACAUGUCUAAUUUUUUCUUUCUAAUUGUGUAAAAUGAAGUUGAUGUUAUCGA